CCACUAGCCAUGUACAGCUCGAGUACAGUAAAGCUGCAGGAUCUCGUUCCUGCGGACUUGGUGCGCCGUAAGUACGUCGGGGAGACAUACUACUCCACCUACAACCCGGAGCACCGAUGGUACUAUCUCUCGGGCCAGAAACCUAAAGAGGUAACGAUGCUCAAGAUUCACGACACCGACAAAGAUGCCGCUGUGCGAUGUAACUUACAUAGUUCAUUCCAGCCUCUCGGAUUUGGGGAUAAAGAUGGCAGGGAGAGCGUGGAAGUACGAGCAUUGAUGUUCGACUCUGUAGAGUGA